UUAUUGACAGCAUAUUUCAUCUUAAUUUCAUUAAAUUAAAAUUUAUGUUAAAACACGAAAAUCUGAAGUAAAUCGAAUUCUUUUACGGUCGAGUUAAUGUAGUCAGAGUUUCUAUUUUCGGUUUCUAAUCCAACAUGUGCAACUAUGGAAUAAUAUUUAUACUUAAAAAUCAAUUGUUUUCCUCGAAUAUUUGAAUUCAAGAUAAUAUUUUGGAAGAGCAGUUUUUUAAAUGAAGCAGGAUUUCUAAAAUUAAAUGACGUUUCUUCUUGAUAAAGAAUGGUUGCUUCAUUUUUUAAAUGUUUGACCAAAGCUACAGAUAUUGCAGUGAAACCAACGUUUUCUGUUAUGAGAUAUAUGCAGAGGCGUUCAUUUUCAGACAGUGCAGAACCAAAAAAGCUACAGCUGACAUUGGCCAUUUUAAAACCAGAUGUGGCCUCUCGUCCACACAUAGUAGAGGAUAUUCAUGAUAUCAUCCAGGAAAACGGAUUUUUCUUUGUGGCAACAAAACAUUUGCACUUGCGCCGUGCUGAUGCUGAGGAAUUCUACAAGGAACACCAUGGUAAAUUUUUCCAUAAUCGUUUGGUGAAUUUCAUGUCGAGUGGGCACAUAUGGGCCCAUAUAUUGGCUCGAGAAGAUGCUAUCGCCCACUGGAGGAAAAUAAUGGGCCCAACAAAAGUGUUUCGGACUAUUCAUUCUGACCCUCACACAAUUCGAGGACGGUUUGGACUAACAGACACAAGGAAUGUGUGCCACGGCUCAGAUUCCCCAAAAAACGCUUUAAAGGAAAUAGCAUUCUUUUUUCCAGAAUUCAAUGCUGAGAAGUGGUACAGAGAAGAUGAGCCGUAUUAUCAUCCUGAAAAUGUAUCAUUUUGUAGCGAGUCUUUAGCACACAUACCAGUUAAGAGCAGUGAUAAGAAGAAUUGAUAAUUUAUGUUUAUACUGUAUUUAUAAAAGAUUUUAACCCAGUCGAGUUAACAUUUUAUUUCAUGAACUUUGAACUAUGAAUUACUUUUGUAAGGAAAGACAAGUGUUAAAAAAUAAAUUUUACUCUGAUGUACAAAAAUUGAAAAUUGUAGAUUGCUGGGCUAUAUGAUUUGACAUGAUUGUAUUAAAUCAACUUAAUAAACAAUAGAAAAUUAAAAAUAAACAUUUAAAAAAUCCUGCAUAUUUUUUAGCUGCAAUAUGAGUUUAAUAAGUGAUUAGUAAAUACAAAGGUUGGUCAAAAGUGAUGUCACAAAAUGCAAUGCACUAAUAUUAAUUUGAGUUGUGUAGUAAAACCU